UAUUUCCGGCAAACUGUCAAACUCGUAGGCUACAUGACAGUGGACGGGACAGGCUUGGACCAAAAACCAACGGACGUGAAGCUCAUAAAUUCGGCAGACCGAGGCAGUCCAGAGAAAUGUCUUUUAUAUUUGACUGGAUCUACAAGAGCUUCAGCAGUGUCUUGCAGCUAUUAGGGUUGUACAAGAAGAGCGGCAAGCUAGUGUUCCUCGGACUAGACAAUGCUGGAAAAACAACACUCCUACACAUGCUCAGAGACGACAGGCUAGGACAGCAUGUGCCAACGCUACAUCCAACUUCUGAAGAGCUGACCAUUGCCGGGAUGACCUUUACAACGUUUGACCUCGGAGGUCAUACACAAGCACGAAGGAUCUGGAAGAACUACCUCCCAGCCAUAAACGGCAUCGUGUACAUGGUGGAUUGUGCUGAUCAUGAGCGACUAGCGGAGGCUAAAGUUGAACUGGAUGCCCUGUUAACAGACGAUACCAUCUCAAACGUCCCGGUUCUCAUCCUGGGGAAUAAGAUCGACCGUCCAGAGGCCAUCAGUGAGGAUGCACUCAGAGGAAUGUUUGGUUUUCAUGGACACACAACUGGAAAGGGCAAAGUGUCACUGAAGGAGAUGAAUUUGAGGCCAAUGGAAGUUUUCAUGUGUAGCGUGCUGAAGAGACAAGGAUAUGGAGACGGUUUUCGCUGGCUUUCCCAGUAUAUUGACUGAUUCACGUUCUUUUCGUAACCUUGUUUACCACGCUACCUGCGCACACAAAGACAUGUUCGACACAAACUACCUGCCGUAGAGAGACAUUUUUAUCAAAUAUACCAUACUUAGGACUUUGACCGUGCCCGUAGGAAAUGUGUUUCUAGUAGCGUUUUGUUAAUAUACACCGUUUUCUUUAAGAGUUCAAAAGAAAUGUGUAUGUCAUAUCAAUCAUACCACGGCAAGUCAAAGAUUAAGUGAUGAAUCAGUCUGUAUUGUUCAGAUCGAGUGUGGAGAAUAAUCUUCAUGGUGUGAUUUCUACUUUUACUUAAACCCCGUGGAGAAUUCUGUCUGCCAUAUAGAACAUGUCAUCGCUGUGAACCAGUUUCUGACCCGGGUUUAUUUUUAGCUGCUAGUGUAGACUUACAGUGAAGGUCAAUUUGGUUAACAUUUUUGUACUUGGAGUUACUCUUCCUUGAUUGAGGAUGAAUAUUAUAAUUAUAUCUUUACCUUUUUCAAACUAAUGGGAAUUUCGAAUAGCAUACAUUUUUUCAUCCAAGAACAAAAUAGUUUUUCUGGAAAGUGCUGCAGAGAUUUUGUGCCAUAUUUGUUUAGAAAAGUAAUAAUAAUACUAAUAAUAAUAAUAAUAAUAAUAAUAACAACAACAACAAAGUAGCCUGUUACCUCCAGGGAUGCUGAUAGUUCCUGCAUGUUUUUUUAAUUAUUGAAGGGUUUACCACUACAGGCCAAUUAUAUGAAUGUGACCACAAGUGCAUUAACUGACACUUUGCUGUGAGAAACUUUAUUUAUUAGCACACAGUGUUAAACAAUUGCAGUAUAUUUUAACUGCAUCAGUACAGCCGGGUGAUGUAACAAACUCAUACUUGGAUGCCAAUCUACCUGUUUUAAUUAUGGUUAGUUGCUGUAAAACAACUUUGAGUACUUUGUGAUUAGUGGCUGCUCACAAAACGCAGUGAUAUUAUGAGAGUACUUGAGCUGUGCAUACAAAUGGAGCAUACAAAAGAUAAGCAUGAAAUGACCUCUUAGUGCAAUAUUAUACAUUUUGUAUAUAAGCUCUUAUUUAUAUUUCGCAAUAAAAAAAUUUGGCUUGCCUUAUGUUACAACAAGCUCUGAAAUAAUGUAUCUGUUACAAAAGUACGGUCUUAUUGUUAUUCAACGUGUGAAAUUUGAGCAUAAUAAAUAUUUUUGACAAUC